AUGCGAGCGCAAAAGUACAUGAGUGAUAAACAAGAUUUUCCAACUUCGCUACAUCUAGUGGACUUUCAUAAUUUACCAACGGAAUUACACUGCACAACAGUUAGAACGAUUCAUGCUCUCAAUCAUGCUGUUGCACCAGCGGAGAGAAGCAUCACCCUGAAUCAUGCUUUGCAUACUUUUUCCCACAACAAUCCGAACCUGCAUGACUAUGAAAUGAGUCUUGGUGUUGACAAAACCUUAUGCUCGAAGCUAGGUUUCAUCUCGUCUGAACGCCCGAUAAAUGAAGAUGAAAUCAUUUUGAUUUGCAAGUGUCUGAGUCAGGUUUACCAGUGCUCGAUGGAAUAUAGAAAACGUUCCUUUUGGAGUGUUGGGGCUUCAGAACUUUUCCCGCUCCUUGCACAGUUAUGGAACCAUUUUCACUCCGACUUGGCACACGUGAUGUUUCAAGAUUCCAAAAAAGGCGUCGUGUUGCAGCAACUCGUCAAAGCCUUUCGGAUUUUUGCCAAACUGGAUAUAGCGAAUCCAUGCCUCGUCUACUUUGAAGAGGGAAGAUGGUUGAGCAGUAUUAUUUCAUGCAUACGUACAAACUUCGAUCAAGCACUAGAAUCCAAUGACCAUGAUUUGCUUCAUGAAAUGCUCGGACUGAUCAAGGAUCUGACUUUCCGAUCUGCUCUUCCGGAAAGAAAGGAAAUGAUCGGUUUGGAAGGAGGAUGUUUGGUGCGGGUGCUAUUUAUGUGCUGCGCACGAAAAGUAACCACGACCUCCAAAAUUAAAGAGGCCCUCACCGCAGUCAUGUGGAAUCUUGCGCUGGAAAAAAAUACAAGAGAGGUGCUCCUGUUUAGAGAAGGGAGACAAACAUCAAUCGCAAUUGACUUUCUUCUCGCCGUACUGACGAAAAACGUAAUCAAGACGAGUACCAAGGAGUCAACAACAAUGCUUCGAGCAAAGAGAAAUGCAAUCAGCGCGAUUGGUAACAUUUUUGCAGAUGAACAGAAUCAUCAAUUUCUAUGCUCUAGCGACCACACGAAAAACGGAAAAAAAGCUCUUCGCACGCUUCUGAAACAAGUUGGAAAGGACUGCGAUUCGGUUGUUAGGAGGCGUGCAAUGCGUACCAUCCGGUGUCUGACGCAGUCGGAAGAUCCAGAAAUGAGAAGGGUGAUUCGUCAAGAAGAACUUGUUUUGCUCUUGGUGGAUUCGAUUUCUCGAAACAUAUCCCAUGACGACGAGAACGACAGGGACAUGCAGCUCCAGGCCCUUUGUGCUGUUGGCAACAUGACCGACGCAUUUUCCGAAACAGAUUGGCCGCUGGUCGAGACGACGAUUCUUCAAAGGAUCGAGACAACAACUGAUCCAAAGCUGAUUAAUGGUGCUUGCAAAUGCUUGGUUGAAUGUAUUUCGAAGAGUCCUUGGUCGCGGGGCUCUUCAUGUUUUUCUGAGAUGUUUUGGAUGCGUUUAGAAACAGCAGUCUCUGUUUCGAAUGAUUGUCAUGAAUGCGUGUCGACACUGAUACUUGUGCUCGCUGGGGCAGAAAACGACAAAAAGGAUAUGGAAACAAAUAAAACAAGCGUUUUGGUAUCUCCGUUUAUAUUGAAGUGUGUGACCAAGAUGUUGGAAGCUGAUGGCGACGAGUACGAGAAAUCCAGAAAGAGAGCACUUGACUCUAUAGUGGCAUUGGCAGAAAACGAGGCAAACAAAAGAUGUAUGGCAGAAAAUGAGGAUUUGCUAUCAGGAUUGGUCAAUUUGUGCCUUUUGCAGCCUCAGCAGCCGACAAGACGGCUUGCAAAAGAACUGAUACUCCAAUUGGUACCGGAACUCUAG